AUGCCGACGGCCGAGCACCAGCGCACACAUCCCGGUCUUUUAGACUGGCUCGGCCGUAUAGGCGGGCUUCCAGGCCCCGCAGGCAUACGGCUGAACAAUCAAGGUGCCGGGAAUAACUCCAGCAAUGAGAGAAAUCUGUAUGUUCCUGGGUUGGCAGGCUGUCCUAUCAUGACGGAGAAGCUCGCAGGCGAGCGCUUUGCACAUGGGGCAAUAGACUGGGCACAGCCCCGUUUGACAUCUCGCGAGCUUCACAUGCUGCGAGCUAUGAACCUCUUCACCGACCGUCCAGGCUGGCACCUUCCAGGAUCCAUCGAACGAUGGCGAGAACAGGCUCUCCGGCUUCCAAUGAUGAGUGAAAAAACGUGGGAUUGGUGCAGUCUGGAACUGCAAGAUAUGGCCGAGCGAUUCGAACAGACACGAUACAUAUUGGCCUUUGACACUUCUUCAAGGAUUUGCAAGUCGGAUAUCUUGGUUGAUCCACCUGUUAUUGAUGCCCUCAGGAGCAAGGUAUUCAAGAAGGAUACUGACGCCAGCAGAGAACGCGACAGUAUUUUAUGGUAUCCCAUAGACCCGUCGUUGUUUCCCUUUAUACAUGGCCGCACCAAGGUCCUGCUUGACGGAACACAGAUACCUCGACGACGAGCAGUCGAGUUCACUGCGCACGGAACAGUGUCACCGAUCCCUCAAGUCAAGAGGCCAGUGCGGUUCCCAGAUCUUGACCUCCGUGAUACACGUCUUCGCGAGAUGUCCGGGCGCAUUGAUAAUCCCGCAAUUGCGCACUUUUAUCGCUGGUCUGAGCGAUUCCAGUGGAUGCCAUGUGAAGUUAGAUUCUCAGAAAGGAACAAGCAGGGGGUUGAAGUUACAUCCUACAUUAACAACCUUCACCCCGUACAUGAGCAAGAAUUGUAUGGUCUCAUCGAACAGGUCAUUUCGCUCAGUGUUCAACCGUGGAAUGAAGUCUUGUCUUAUCUUGGGCGACCGAGAUCCCCACUUCGAAUUCGCACUUAUGGUGUGCAAUGGGAGCCCGAAAAGCCGUCUUGGGCGAAAGAUGAGUACUUGUUCGAGCUGGACACGUUACGAGAAGACGAGAAGGUGAGGAGGGCGGAAGAGUACAAUCGCAUACUUGCCUUGGUCGAGGAAUAUGAAAAAAUUCCUAAUUUCUACGAGUCGAACACUCCAGUGCCAGAAGACUGGAGUCAAGGGCUUUUGGCCAGAGUGAGCAGGAAACAUGACAAACUGUACCAUUGGCUACAACCAGAGCCGGGCGUCAGUUUUACGUACCAGGAGUGGAAGCAGGGCAAGACGGGACGACCAAUCGUUGGCGGGAGGGAUUUGAGACCACAGUCCGAGAUUCCGUCUGGGAAGGACUGGGAAGAACCGCGGUUCGACUACCCGCCGCACGAGUUCUACGAUGUGCGAAUUCAGGAUACCUUCCAUGAAGCUGGCUUGCAAGUAGUCGUCAGGGUUGCUGACAUCCAACUCGACUCCAAACAACCAUCUUACCAAGGUACCGACUGGACAGUGAAUGGCUUCUUGAAUGAGCACAUUGUGGCGACAACGGUGGUUUUCUUCGAUGUUAGCAACGUCACGAACGCUUCUAUAUCAUUUCGGGCCGAGGCUGACGUCGAGAGUCGGGAGUACGAGUAUGAGGACUACGACUAUGAAGAGCUGGCAGCCAUCCUCGAUUCUGACUAUGACGAACUCCACGGCGGCAAGUGUUUUCAGUACCUAGGACAAGUGGUCGUAGCUGAGGGACGUAUGGUUACCUAUCCCAACACGCUGCAGCACAAAUUUGAGCCCUUUGAGCUGAGAGAGCCAUCGAGACCAGGUUGUUUGCGAUACCUCGAGUUGCACCUGGUAGAUCCGAACUACCGCAUUAUUAGCACUGCCAACGUGCCGCCGCAGCAGCAUGAGUGGUGGUUUGAGGCAGGCGCGGGAAAGAUCAAUUGGGCCAGUCGUAACAUGCCUCCGGAGGUAGUUCAUCGCAUAUUCAAGGACAUAGGACAGUGGCCCAUGGGCAUGGAUGAGGCACGCAAAUGGAGAGUUGAAAUGGAGAAGGAAAGGGAAGUUUUCAUGGAAGCCGUGAUGGCAGGGGUUGAGGUGUAUGAUUUCAGAGGCAACGAGUAG